CCCGCCCACCCCGGGCUCCCGAGCGGUCUUGGCGGGAAGGCGUCAGCUGCUAAGCGGUAGAAAGAUGUCGCGGUUAAGCGCGGAGGCCGAGGAGAAGGCUUGCUCCAGACAGCGUAACCAGGUGAAGGUGAAUGAAUAUAAAGAAAAUCAAAACGUCGUUUUCGUAUCUCUGAGACCAGAACAGACUACAGUUCUAGGAAAAACAGCUAAGGUUUAUCUUGCUCCCUUUUCACUCACUAAUUACAAGUUAGGUCAAUUUAAGUGCCCCAAAUCCCUAUUAGAAAAGAAUUCUAAUGAUGCAGUGAUGUGUAAGAAGUUUAAGAAGACUCAAUUAAAGAAAACUUGCAAAAAAAAAUUAAUUCCAAAAAUGAAAGCCAUAUCUUCCAAGGCAGAAUCUACUCUGCAAAAAUCAUCCUUAGAUGUUCAUGCUGAAAGUAACAAACUAGAACACAAGAACAGUUCAGAUGCCAUGAUUUGCAAGGUUGAUAUGGAAAGCAGUGAUGAAGAUACCACACCUGGCCUGGAUGAUUUUUCAGGAUUGUCACCAUAUGAAAGGAAGAGACUCAAGAACAUAUCAGAAAAUGCAAACUUUUUUGCUUCUCUUCAGUUGUCUGAGUCAGCUGCAAGGCUCCGUGAAAUGAUAAAGAAGAGACAACCUCCUAAGUCCAAGAGAAAGAAGCCUAAGAAGAGAGAAAAUGAGAUUGGAUGUAGAAGGUCAAUGCGAUUGCUAAAAGUGGAUCCUUCAGGAGUUUCAUUACCAGCAACUCCAACACAGCCGACAUUAGAAGAAGAUGAAAAUCCUUUGUUACCUCCUGGGCCUUUAGAAAUGAUUCCUGAAAAUCAAGAUGACAACAAUGAACUAUUUAAAGAAUUUCUGCAGACAUGGGGUGAAAUGAACAAGACAAGUCGUAAGAACACUGAAAAGGGGCUGUUCAGCAUUAAAAGCUACAAAGCCAAUUUAAAUGGAAUGGUUAUUAGUGAAGAUGCUGUUCAUAAAGUUACCAAUGGCUCAAUAUUCUCUGUGGCUCUCCACCCAUCAGAAACUAGAACUUUGGUAGCAGCUGGGGCCAAAAGUGGGCAAAUUGGACUUUGGGAUUUGACCCAGCAAAGAAAAGAAGAUGGAGCAUAUGUUUUUUAUCCCCAUAGUCAACCUGUUAGCUGUCUUUACUUCUCACCUGCCAAUCCAGCCCACCUACUGUCACUGAGCUAUGAUGGCACAUUACGAUGUGGGGAUUUUUCCAGAGCUAUUUUUGAAGAGGUAUAUAGAAAUGAAAGAAGUGGCUUUUCCUCCUUUGACUUCUUGACAGAAGAUGCUUCUACUUUACUAGUGGGACACUGGGAUGGAAAUAUGUCACUGGUGGAUAGACGGACACCUGGAACUUCUUUUGAGAAACUAAUUCGUUCUUCUUUGAGAAAAAUAAGAACUGUUCAUGUCCACCCAGUGCACAGACAGUAUUUCAUGACUGCAGGGUUGAGGGAUAUUCAUAUUUAUGACGUCAGGCACCUGAAACUCAGGGGAAGCCAGCCUUUGAUUUCUUUGACUGAACACACGAAGAGCAUUGCUUCUGCCUAUUUUUCACCUGUUACUGGUAACAGAAUAGUGACCACAUGUGCUGAUUGUAAGCUGAGAGUCUUUGACAGCAGCUGUAUUUCUUCCCAGAUUCCUCUCCUCACCACCAUCAGGCACAACACUAUCACUGGACGAUGGCUGACCCGGUUCCAAGCCGUGUGGGACCCUAAACAAGAAGAUUGUAUCUUAGUUGGCAGCAUGGCCCAUCCACGACGAGUGGAAAUCUUCCAUGAGACAGGAAAGAGGGUGCAUUCUUUUCUUGGAGAAUGUCUUGCCUCUGUGUGUUCCAUCAAUGUCAUGCACCCAACUCGGUAUAUUCUGGCUGGAGGUAAUUCCAGUGGGAAGUUACAUGUUUUUAUGAAUUAAGAAAGCUACUUAGUUUCUAGGUAGGUAUACCUAUUUGUUCAAAUUCAUCACUAAGAAACCUAAUGAUACACAUAGCUUAGUGUGUUUACUUGGUGUUAUAUUUAUAAAAUAUAAAAUUGCUUUAUUAAUAAGAACUAUGAGCAGAAUAUACUAAAUUUAGUAAGGGAGAAGCCUCAGAAGAUGCUUCUCAGGCAUGGAGAGGGAAUUUGAGUAGAGGCUGAGAUGCUUUUAGCACUUUUAAUCAGGCAGUAUGUUGAGAAAGUCUAACAAGAUAAAUUAUAAAGCUUGAAUGAUCAGUAUUAACUUUUUGUUAUAUAAUGAUAGUAAUUUUUAGUCUACAAUGAUAUAUAGAUUUGUGGUUUAUUUUCUAAGUUUGUAGUGAAUGUUUAUUUUUAGGCUUAUAUGCUGGAAGGAGUCCUGAAAGGUCUUCUAACUCAAUGAUUUUGAAACUUAGUUUUUAAAAACAAGAACUUUUUUUUUUUUUUUUUUUUUUUCACCUUCCUCUCAGUUAAAUUUUAUAUAAGCCGGGCGUGGGGGCGCACGUGUAUAAUCCCAGCAGUUUGGGAGGCUGAGACAGGAGAAUCACAAGUUCAAAGCCAGCCUCAGCAAAA